CAUAUAUAUACUCAUAUGUAAUGGAGAUGCAAAUUAAUGAAAUUAAAAUUUAGCUCAUUUUGUGUACCAAAAGUGUACCAAUGUAGAGAAAUGACAAUUUUAUUUAUUAUUCAUAUUUUUUAUCACAUGCCAUAAUAUGUUUUUUUUUUAUGUUAUUAGGAAAAUGCAUUGAAAUCAUGUGGCACUAGCUGUAUUAAGAGUCCUAAGUACUCUUUUAUGUUAUCUAAUUCAAUUGAAAUAUUGUAAUACUCUUUAUUUUAUUUUUGUAGGUAUACUACAACUUUGGUUUUGAUUGAUCUUUGGUGUUUGAAGAACGCAAAGCAACUUGGUUGGAUUAGUUAGGUAUUAUUCUACAAUUUUAAAAUUUCUUAUUUUAUAUUUUAUUAAUAUUAGAAGAGUUUGAAUAUCUUAGAUAUUCAUCCGUAGUGAAGUAGGUUCUGCGAUUAUUUAUAUACUGCGGUCGGAUGGGUGAUCAUUUUUUAAUUGUUUUUUGUUGUUUAUAGUAAGUGGUUUUUUGUUGUUUAUAGUAAGUUUAAAAAUUUUGGGAACGUUAAAUCAUAGUUGUUAUGCUGCCAAAAUUUCAAUAGGAUAACAACUAUAAUUUCUUUGAUGGCUCAUAGAUGAAAUUGAUUAAAACGUGAAUGUUUUUUUUUUAGAAACUUCAGAAUGGAUAGAGAUUGGAUGAGUGCAGAUAGGUUGUCAAUGAAAUAUAGGGAAGGUGUUGAUCUGUUUUUGGAGUUUGCUGAGAAGAAGGCUUCUAAUCCUAAUUUUGUUCAUUGUCCGUGCAUGAAAUGUGGCAACAUGGAGCGUAUGAAAAUUUUUAAGAUUAAAGAACAUUUGUUUAGGAACGGUAUAGACAAAAGCUAUAAAAUUUGGUAUCACCAUGGGGAAAAAAUUAGAACUUCAGAUGAGGGACCUUCCAAGUCUAGGAAGGAGAAGUGCGUUAAUUUGGAUUACGGAGAUGAUCACAUUGCAAAAAUGAUUGAUGAUGCACAAUUUGAAUCCAAUACAGCUGAUCCAGUGAAAUUUAAAUCCCUUUUAGAAGAUGCUGAAAAACCUAUUUACCCUAAUUGUAAUAGGUUUACUAAGUUAUCGUCACUUAUUAGAUUGUACAAUCUGAAAGCCAAAUAUGGGUGGAGCGAUAAGAGUUUUACGGAGUUACUAGCCUUUUUAGGAGAUUUGUUACCUGAAGGUAAUGAAAUGCCUUUGUCUUUCUAUGAGGCAAAGAAGACAUUGUGUUCAUUAGGCAUGCAAUAUGAAAAGAUACAUGCAUGUCCUAACGAUUGCAUCCUCUAUCGAAAUAGAUUUGAAAAUGAAACGUUGUGUCCGACGUGCGGUGAGUCUAGGUGGCAAAAGAAGAAGAAUUCUGAUGAGGUAAAGGUUGGUAUACCUGCAAAGGUAUUAUGGUACUUACCACCCAUACCUCGUUUGGUUCGGUUCUUUCAAAAUGUCGAUAUUUCUAAAAACUUAACCUGGCAUGCCAACGAUAGGGUGAAAGAUGGUAUGAUGAGACAUCCAGCCGAUUCACCUGCUUGGAAAGCAAUUGAUGCUAGAUGGCCUGACUUUGGCAAUGAACCUAGGAAUAUUCGUCUUGGUCUUUCUGCAGACGGUAUUAAUCCACAUACUAAUCUUAGCAGUAAGUACAGUUGCUGGCCAGUUUUGCUUGUAAUGUAUAAUUUGCCGCCCUGGUUGGUAAUGAAGAGGAAGUUCACUAUGCUGACACUGUUGAUAUCAGGCCCUUCACAGCCUGGUAACAAUAUUGAUGUUUACUUAGCUCCUCUUGUUGAAGAUCUAAGUCAACUGUGGUGUGAUGGUGUUAGUGCUUAUGAUGCCCAUAGGAAUGAAAAUUUCAAUCUUAGAGCAAUAUUAAUGUGGACAAUUAAUGAUUUUCCUGCCUUUGGCAAUCUUUCUGGUUAUAGUGUGAAAGGGUAUAAGGCAUGUCCUAUAUGUGAGGAGAAAACUUGUUCUCAAUAUUUAAAACACUCGAGAAAGAUUAGCUAUAUGGGACAUCGAAGAUUUUUGCCUUCUAACCAUGUAUUUCGAACUUGGAAAAAAGCAUUCGACGGGAAGCAAGAAUUUGAAGUGGCUCCGCCACCUUUACUUGGAGAACAAUUAGUAGUAAAGUUGAGUAAUGUCAAAUUCAAGCUUGGAAAGCGAAAAGUGACCCCUAAGAAAAGAAAGGGAAAACGUGACAAUUGCGAGCAAGUCACAGCUCAACCUGAUGGACCAUGGAAAAAGAAAUCAAUAUUUUUUGAGCUCGAGUACUGGAAGCAUUUGGUUUUACGUCAUAAUUUAGAUGUAAUGCAUAUUGAGAAGAAUGUGUCAGAUAGCCUAAUCAAUACCUUGUUUAAUGUUCCUGGUCGGUCCAAAGAUGGAAUUAAGUCUCGUCUAGAUUUGAAGGAUUUAGGAAUGCGAGCAAAUUUACACCCACAAGUUGUUGGUAAAAAAACUUAUUUGCCACCAGCAUGUUAUGCCUUCACUAAAGAAGAAAAACGCUCUGUGUGUAAUUCUUUGUCUCAGGUGAAGGUACCUGAAGGAUAUUCUUCAAAUAUCUCAAGUUUGGUUAAUAUUGAGAAACUUAUUUUGACCGGCCUGAAGUCUCACGAUCAUCAUACACUGAUUCAACAUAUUUUACCCGUGAGCAUUCGAAAUGUUUUGCCAAAAAAAGUUCGACAUGUUAUCACAAGGUUAUGUUUAUUCUUCAAGUGUCUUUGUUGUAAAGUGGUUGACGUGACCAAGCUAGAGAAGCUCCGAUUAGAAAUCACUGAAGUAUUGUGUUACUUGGAACAAUAUUUUCCACCUUCCUUUUUUGACAUAAUGGUUCACUUAACUGUUCAUUUGGUGAGAGAGCUAAAGUUAUGCGGGCCUGUGUACUUGAGAUGGAUGUACCCAUUUGAACGAUACAUGAAAAUUUUAAAGGGUUACGUAAGAAAUAGAAACAGGCCUGAGGGUUCCAUUGUUGAAUCAUAUAUUGUUGAAGAAUCAAUAGAAUUUUGUGUAGAUUAUUUGGCAAAUGUUGUCAGCAUUGGAUCGUGUCCUCCUCGAUUUGAUAAUGAAAUAAGUAAAGGGGGUGGGGGUCUUGUUAUUUGUGAGGUGAGUCGAGGUGAUAGAGACGAAGCACAUCGACUCGUUUUACAAAAUAUCGAUGAGGUUCAUCCCUAUAUUGAGGAACAUUUUAAUUGGAUCAAAAUCACUUAUCCGAGUAAGUCGAGAAAUCAAAAAUGGGUACAAGAUGAACAUUAUCGAACUUUUAGUACAUGGUUUGAAAAAAAGGUAUCCCAAGAUCAAAGUGACCCUACAAAAACAGUGUCUGAAUCACUGUUUUCUUUAUCACGAGGCCCUUCCUGCAAUGUUCUAAAGUAUCAAUCGUACUAUAUCAAUAAUACUCAUUUUAACACGAUUGAUCGUGAUAAAUGUAGAAAAACACAAAGUAGCGGUGUUAUGAUUGUUGCCAAGGCUUUCCAAAUAGCUAGUUCGAAAGAUAAAAAUCCUGUUGAAUGCGAUAUGACCUUCUAUGGUGUAAUACAGGAAAUUUGGGAAUUAGAUUAUACUAGUUUUCGAAUCCCAGUUUUACUUUGUGAUUGGGUAAGAAGUGACAAUGGAGUUAAAGAUGAUGAAUUAGGAUUCAAAUUAGUGGACUUGAAUCGAGUAGGACACAAAAAUGAUAGGUUUAUAAUGGCAUCACAAGCCAUUCAAGUGUUUUACAUGAGUGAUCCAUUAGAUGACCGCUGGUCCAUUGUCCUCACAACACAACCGAAAGACUAUGAAAAAAAAGAGUCUAGUGGGGAUGAUCUCAUGCUUAGUGACCAAACUUUCGAAAUCAAUCCACCGCCUGUUGAUGUGACUGUUGAGGAUGACAUCAUAUCUUCACGUGAGGAUGGAGAAGGAUUAUGGGUUGAUAUGGAUUGAUAUCAAUAUUAACCCAUAAUCGAUAUUCGCAUUGAUACGCGAUGUAAUGGUACUUUGUAUAUUUUAUGUAUAUCAUUUUAAUUUGCUGAAUUGUCAUACUUUUAUAUUGUUAUUUAAUAUUUGUUUUGUUUUAU